AUGGAUAUGAUACCAUCGCAACGCAAUCGUCUUUUGUCAUCUGAACUGAGAAGAAAACUGGAUUACAAAGAAGGAGAAAAUGAAGAUGGACAUUUAGUUGUAGAAAUCAUGAGAAGAUGUUUUUCUCCUGCUCUUAUAACUAACAAGUCCUGGGAAAGUUUUCACUUUGUUGGCCACCAGAUAAAAAUUACAGAAGCCACUGACUGUUAUGGGGCAGUAGUGUGGCCAUCGGCUCUUGUUCUGUGUUACUUUUUGGAAACAAAUUCUAAACAGUACAGUCUGGUUGAUAAAAAUGUAAUUGAGAUUGGAGCUGGAACAGGGCUCGUCUCUAUAGUGGCCAGUUUACUCGGUGCAUAUGUGACUGCCACUGAUCUGCCUGAAGUGCUUGGAAACCUUCAGUACAACAUUCUUCAAAACACAAAAAUGAAAUGCAAGCAUCAACCUCAAGUUAAAGAGCUGUCAUGGGGUGUUGAUUUAGAAAAGAACUUUCCCUGGUCUUCAUGUCAGUUUGACUACAUCAUGGCUGCUGAUGUAGUGUACUAUCAUCCCUUCCUUGAUGAACUCCUCCUCACCUUUGAUCACUUGUGCAAAGAUAACACUGUUAUUCUCUGGGCUAUGAGAUUUAGGCUGGACAAAGAGAACCAAUUUGUAGGCAGAUUUCAGGAACUGUUUGACCUGGAGGUACUGUCUGAUUUCCCCAGUUUAAACAUAACAUUGUAUAAGGCAAUGAGAAAAAGCAGAAAAGAAGUAUGAUAAUUCAACCUGAAUUAUGUGUGUGUGAAGGUGGGACUAGAAUAUUUCACAACUAGUUAUUUUAAUAGGUUCUCUUUUAAUAAUUGCAGAAGCCUUAGUGGAUAGUAUUUUAGAGGGAAACUGAUGCUAUGACAUAAGCAAAAUAUCAAUUCCUUUAUAUACCUGGAAAGAAAUGCUAAAUUGAAUUUCCAACUAGUGGAACUUAUAGACAAAUUUCUAUUUAGAAAUUUAUUCAUAUUAUGGAAUGAAUGAUCCACAUAACAGUAGUACUGUUGCCAACAGGCCUUAGUUACAGUUUACAACAGCACCUGAUAAGAUUGGAGACCAUAAGAAGCAUAAUGCUAUAGUAAAAUCUUCCUUUUUAAAAGUUGUGGUAUCAAAUUGCACACUGCUUACCUCAUGGUGUCCCACACUGUUAAGAGUCUCUCUUUUAAUAGCUCACAAAGGCCAAUAAGGUUGACUGGAAAACGUGUAAUAGUGAACAAGUACCUACUGAUAAUAGGGGAGAAUGUGAUCCACUAAAUACUUCCUGUCUAAUUUCUAUGAUUCAUUGGUUGACCAUCCUUCCUUGUACUUUCCAAAUGUCAAGGAUCUUACAGCAGUGUAAUAUCAGGAAUGGACUUAAAGAUAAGCAGGGAGUUUAGCAACUUACUACUUGGAAAAAAAAAUAUUGCAUAAGGAUAUUACAACAUAUAACUAAGCUCUGGUUCUAAAAAUAUCCAAUCCUUGGAGCUUUGCUCCUUUCAGAAUCUACCACUGUGGAUCUGUCUCUGAGAGCACAACAAUGUGAUACUGCUCAACACCAUAAAUAGGGAGAGGUAGUUAGCGAUGUUGGUCUGAAAUUAGGCAGAAGGCAAGGCAGUGUGGUAUCUUAUGGAUUAACUCAUUCAGAGACGUAUGAGGUUUCAUAGGCUGUAGACUACUUUGACAAUGAAGCCUAAGCUUAUUCUUCCUUGCAUGAGUUGGUCUGUAAGGUGCCCCAUUUCCGUGCCUUCUGCCAAAAUGCCAUACAGUAGGGGUGUCAAAGAUAGAGCUUGUGGGCUGGAUGCAUCCUGGGAAGCCCCAUCCUCUGGAUCUUGGUACUGCCCCUGGGUCUGGAGUUGACCCACACAAUGCAUAUGGCAUGCCAGAUUGGCUCUGCCCUGGGUCAUCUGGGAUCUGUGCUUCAUACAGGAUCUGCGGUGCCCACACCAGCUGGUGUGGGAUGCACACUGCAUGGGACACAUCCCCCUCUUUGGCUGCUCUGGGAAGGGUGCUGCAUGCAGCACAGGUCUUUGACUAGCCACAAUGGGUGCUGUGUAUGGUGCUUGUCCUGGGCUCGCCCAGCACGUGUGACAUAUGCAAUAUAGUCCUGAGCUGACUUGAGGAAGUGCCAUGUGAAUUGGAUCCAGCAUGGUUGGGGAAGAGGGGUGAAAUGGUAUGUGGGCCUGAUCUGGCCUUCAGAGUUGGCCAUGCACCAUUCAUCCAGCCCUGCACCACACUUCUGGCCCAUAGGACCAGCUGAGUUUGCCACCACUGGAUCUGGGUAGCUUAUAGAGCACUGUUUCUCAAUAUUCUUAGACUGAACGCACCCCUUGGAAAAUGCCAGAUUAAAUGCAAUAUUAAGCACACAACUCUCUGGGUUCUCUAUAUAUACAAAUAGGGGUGCAUGUGUGUAAAAUUGAACCCAGAGGGUUGUGUGUGUAUUUAACUGAGAGGUGUACGCACACACAUACAUACACCCCCCUAGCGUUGUUGAAUUUUUCUCUAAUAACAAAUUUAAAAAAAAGUUCAGAAUUAUCUUAAUACUACAUCAACAAGUGGACAGCAAACAAUAAAUGAAAACCUUACAAAGAAAACAUUAAAAAUCACAAUAUAUGAACAUCUUACUGUUCCUCAGUGAUGAAUAAGCUGCAGACCAUCUUAGGGAUGGCUGCAGUUUUGCCAUCCCUAAGAAUUUCUUCACUUUGUUUCAGGUUUUGAUGCUCAAUUCUUGACAUUUGCACCUGAAACUCCAGCUUAUGCAGGAUCUACCACACUCUUACAAGGGCUAUUCAAACUUCUGAGAACUGCUUUCACUGCAGAUUGAAUCCAUCUUCUCUGAAGCCUCUGGAUAGAUCCAGUAUACUUGUGCUGUUUGUUUCUUCUUCCCAGCAGGUGCCCAGACCAGGAUGCAUAUUUGUCUGGCUGAGAAAAAAGUUAUUAACAUUUCCUUCAGCGCUUUUCAGUUCUCAAGACAGUGAACAGAUUUGCCCUCUGCCAGCAGGAGCCAGAGCUCACCCAACCCUGAUCAGUCGAUGUUUCCAACAGGACAGUCUGUUGCAGUUAGAAAUGACCCUGCCCUGUUCACAGAGAGUUCUCUCUGAACACUGGACCCCACCUGCCACAUGCACCCUUGAACCUGGUUGCUACUCUCCUCUCCUUCAGGGGUACACCCCCCAGGGCCAGCAGCCACCAACAUUACCCCACCAAGCUUAAGGCGGGGGGUCUCACUGACCUUCCCAAGAUGGAUGCUUUUUGAAAAGUUCCCUUGUAUAGUACAAGGGGGGUUACAACUACAGAAAAAUACUAGAGCAAUUCUGUUGUAAAGAAUUCAGAAAGAUCACAGAAUGCCAGAAUCAUUUUAAGACCAUCAAUUCCUAUUUUAAAUAUCUAGCUUUAUUUUGAAAAUCUUGUUUGUAGACUUAACAAUACUAAUGUUGUAUGGCAUGCUGUGGUACCCUUGAAAGGAUCUCAAGGCAGCCCAGGGUGCCUUGGCACCCUGGUUGAGAAUCACUGUCAUAGAGAGACUGUUAAGAUUAUUUUGAAUAAGCAUAAAAAAUAAUUGUUUGUCCCUUAACUGUAUAGAUUCCUGGCUGGUGUGGCCAUGCUGCUGUGCAUGAAGCAAAUCAGAUGUAGGGAUGCAGAGUGGGACAGUUCUUUGGACACUACUGAAGCUCUUGAUUUGUUAUGUAAACAUGUGAGCUGUUGAAGCUCCUGCCAUGUUAUUGGUGCAGAAAAGCUUCUUGUGUUGGAUUGAUGCUGAGAGUUUAGAAAGCUUUGGUCAAGGACAAGUGUUCUGACAAGGACAAAGUUUUUGGUGGCAGAGCAGUUCAGGCACCUUGUUGUGGCUCUUGAGGUAUGAGUUUGAGCCCUUCUUUGGUCCCAUGCAAAAGACUGACCCUAGUUGAUUUGGCUGUGAACAAACACCUGGUCAUUCAAGCUGAGGAGUUAAGGGUAGCUGGAAUUGUUGAUGGACAUAUCCCUCCUUUUAUGCCACAGGCUAUAGAAACUGGCAUACCUUUACUCUCCUAGGUCCAUGUGUUGUUAAACUUGGGCAGUUCUUUGAUUUUUGAUGCAACUCAGGCGCUUCUAGCCUACCACUUCUACCCCUACAGACUCCAACCUCCCCCAGAGACUGCAGAUAUCUCCUUAUCAGAGACUCUAGCUUUCCUCAACAGCUGUAAUGUUCAUGACAACUUUUGCAGUGACCAGGAGUAGUUUAAAUUCUGUUUAAUUCUGCCACUUGUUUAGAAUGCUUUACAAAAUAUAUUAAUCACAAUUACUGCUCUUGUGACAAAUAUUUAUUAUAUUAUCUUGUAAAUCUUUAUUAUAUUUAUUUUUAUGGCUA